GAUUUGUUGCGGUUCGUCUUAACGUCUCUUCGCGACGAAGUCCGGCGAAAUGGACGAGCGACCGGUGAAGUGCGAUAGCCAGGAAGACGAUCUUAUCCCCUCUCUCCGCUGUCUUGAGAUCUCCGAUAACGCCAAGGGCUUCGUGGAUCUUCUCUCCCAGCUCAGCUCCGCCACUACGCCUCUCACGGACGCUGAUUUCCGCGCUCGCUUCGCCGAACUCGCCGCCCUCUGUGACAACCACUUCGUCGUCGUCGCGGAGGACCGAUCCAGCGGAAGAAUAGUCGCCACCGGUAGCGUCUUCGUGGAGCGGAAGUUCCUCCGCGGUGGAGGGAAGGUCGGCCACAUCGAGGACGUCGUCGUCGAUUCCGCCUUCCGCGGCAGGCACCUGGGGCAGCGGGUGGUCGGGUUCCUUCGGGAUUACGCCAAGGCUGCCGGUUGCUACAAGGUCAUUCUCAAUAACACGACGGAUCUGAGGUCCUUCUACGAGAAGUGCGGUUUCACUGAGAAGAACAUCCAGAUGGCCUGCUACUUCUGAUCGUAGAGUGUGUCCAUGAUCUACUACUUUCCGGUUUUGUACCAACAUUGCUGUUUUCUUAGGAAAAAUUGGUGCAUCCAUCACUGACAAUUUCCACUUAUACUUCAACAUUCAUAAAGAGGUCAGAUAAUACCUUCAUUACUCAUGUUAAGUUUAUUCACCAAACAAUUGGAUUGAACAAAAUGAAUAAAGACUCUGUUGCCACUUGUCCUAAGAAAGGGGGAAAGGAUCAAAUGAGAUAUAUCUUGCCAUGCGUUUUACUACUAGUGCAUUUGUUAAAUAGCAGAGAUACAGUGCUAGUACAGUAAGAAGAUGGCUGGUUCUGCCUAGCAUAUCGUUAUCGUUCAGCAUGCUUCACGGCACAUAAUGGAUCAAAUAACUGCAAACUCAAAGUUUAUGUUUUUAAUAAAUUGUUCAUUUGGUGCAAGGUCGUUUCAGUUGUAGGGUAGGAUUUUUCUUUUUGUCACUAUGUUGACCCUCCCAGGACUCAUGACUGGAAAUAAAAGAAAAGAAAUGUUCAAUCACAAUAGAACAAUUUAUGGUUGUGUUUUUUAUUUUAGGCACUUUUGAGAUGAUAUUGAUUGAGAUCAUGCAUAGCUGAUAUGUUGUUUUCAAUGAUUUUACAAAGCAAAGACUGGAUCCGGAUU